CGCGCGCUACUUGCUUUUGCGGGGCUGGCGAAGCGCUGCGGCCCCGGCUCCGCACCGGGCGGGGGGAGCGCUUCGAAAUGACAGAUGCUGCAAUGAUGGAAUUGAGCUGCACUGAAGCACCUCUUUAUGGGCAAACCAUUAUAUAUGGAAAGUUUGACAACAUUCUUCCAGAAGAGGCUGAAUUUUACUUUGUUUACAAAGGAUCAAUACAGAAACAUGUAGUCUUUGCCAAGCAAGUUACUGAAAACACUCUUGAAUCUAUAAUUCCAGCUCAUAGAGAACAAGAAGAUGUUUCUGUCUUUGCGGUUAUGUAUGGAAAGGAAAGUGAAUUUGUGAUUCUGGGCUCCUCGUUUCUUACCUUCAAACAUGACAUUGCUUGUGAAUUAGCAUGCUUCUUGGUGAGUCAGGCCAACUGUCUCAUUCCCUCCAGUCAUCACACCCUUCUCAGUCAGUUUGAUUUAAUCGAGAGAGAUUUGCAGUCAAUGGAUCAUGACAUUAUGCUAGCAAUGGCCUGUGAAGAGAUUCCAUCUUCCUGGAACAUUGUUGGGAAUAGUGCAGAAAAUGAAUCUAAAUGCAAAGAAACACUUCUCCAUCUUGCAAUGAGAUUGGGUCUAGUUCAACUUUCACAGUUCCUGUUAUGCCAACCGGGUGGAAAAGUUGCAAUCACUUUACUUAAUGAAGAAGGAUUGACACCAUUGGACUUGGCUUUACAGAAUGGACAUUUCAGUCUUGUUGAAAUGUUUUCCAAGAACCAGACCAUCCAUCCUUUUGAGAUUUCUAAAGUGGAGGUUGGUGAAAAUGCUGUCCUUCAGUUUUCUUAUUUGUCAAGGACUUUAUUGCUGACGUUUAAUAACACAACAGACCAUUCGUUAGAAUCUGAUGUACAGCUCUUUAGAAAAUACUUCUGGGACAGAAUUUUUACACAAAAGAAUCUUACUCCAAACCAAGCUGAGACAUUGGAAGGAAUGCAGAUGCCUUGCAACUCUAUAACAUCUAAAGAAGAUCUUAUAGAUGUUGCAUCUGAGGAGCCACCUCUUAAAAAUGAAGAUUUAACGUUUCACCAAGAACGUAUAAUUCAUCCACAGGAAAAUGAAGAUGAGAAUGUAUUGGAUUUAGCUCAGCAAUAUUCCCCAUUUGAAGCUUACAGGAGAAGACCAAAUCCUUCCACCUUCUUUGCUGCAGCCAAACUUUCUGCUAUGCUAAAUGGAAAUGAUGAAGUGUAUGCAAACCGCAUGGUAGUAGAUCAGUUGGAAGAUGCUGGUGUCAAGUACAUUAAUAACAGCCAGAGUACUUCUGAAACUAACACAGAUUCAAGUAAAGAUCCAGAAGUGUUGGAAAAUAUCCCAAGCCACAAAAAUCUAUCAUCACUUAUGAUACCUAGCUUGGACACCUCAGGUCCUUACAUGCCAUUAAAGAAGACACAUGGUCUUAGUAAUCUACGGAAUCAUCGUUAUCCCUUUAUUAAAAAACGAAGUUCCAGUCUUGAUGACUUGGAUGUUGACAAUGGAGAUGAAAGAUCCCAUAACUGCUAUUCUUCAGUAUCCUACAAUUCUUCUGUGAUUUUGCCUAGUGAUAGGGAAAGGUUAAAUGCUUCAGAUCCCACCACUAGAUUGGAUGGCAACAUGAACAGAGCUGAAUCUCUUCCUUUAUCCAGCAGUUUACAGUCGAAGGAAUCUCUACUUUCGGGAAUUCGUUCUCGUUCAUAUUCUUACACUUCACCCAAAGUCUUAUUAGGCAAACCACAAUGUGCCCAGGAAUUUAUUCGAUGUGAUUCAAAUGAUGAAUCACACGCAUUCAGCUUGCAUGAACAGUCAGAUAAAAGGAUUCAAGAAGAAGAAUGGGAUAAGUACAUAAUACCAACAAAAUCAGAAUCUGAAAAAUAUAAAGUUAGCCGAACGUUCAGUUUUCUAAUGAACAGAAUGGCCAGUACACGAAAUAAAUCUAAGGCAAAAAACAAAGAUGCCAAAGAAAAAGAGAAAGCUAACAGACAUCACUUUGUUUCUGGAUCGUAUGCUGGAGUAAUGCCGUGUUUCACAUGUGAGAAACCACUUUUGGGGAAAGAAGCAUUACAGUGUUCUUAUUGCAAUGCAAUUGUGCAUAAAAGUUGUAAGGACUGUGCUCCUGCUUGUACAAAAAAAUUGCAAGAUAGAAGUUAUGUUAAGAACAAGAUACAAACUGUCCAGACAAAUCUGUCAUUCAGAGAUAGUCCACAGCCAGCAUUCUUGGCAACUCUCCCUUCUACCACAAUUCCCAUUGGAGUCUCCCUAAUGAAAAAGGAAGCAUUACAGCAGCAACACUCCUUAUCCAGAAGCGUUCCGAGUACCACUUCUGAAAGAAAGAGUAUGUCCUCAAUGGAGCCAGAUACUAAUAGCAGCAGUUGGAGAUCUAGGUCACACUCUGAAGAGCUGCUGCAAACAUUAGGGUCUACUUCGUCUGUUGACUCUUUCAUAAUUGAAGAUGAUGUUGAUGCCUCUUUAUGGAAUGACCUCAGCACUGAUACAUUGGAAUUUGAGGCAGAAUCUUGGAGUCUGGUUGUGGAGCCUUGGUUUUGUAACCAACAAGAAAAGGAUGUUAUCAAGCGACAAGAUGUAAUCUUUGAACUAAUGCAGACAGAAGUGCACCACAUCCAUACUUUGUUCAUCAUGUCCAAAAUAUUCAGAAAAGGGAUGAAAGAAGAACUACAACUGGACCACAGCACAGUGGACAAAAUAUUCCCUUGUUUAGAUGAGCUGCUGGAACUUCACCAGCAGUUCUUCUGUAGGAUGAAGGAAAGGCGACAGCUCUCAAGUCAGGAGGGAAGUGACAGAAAUUUUGUUAUCAGCAAAAUUGGAGAUGUCCUUGUGCAGCAGUUUUCUGAAGAGAAUGCAAGAAAAAUGAAGGCAACCUACGGGGAGUUUUGCAGUCACCAGAAAGAAGCAGUUAGCCUUUUUAAAGAAUUGCAGCAAAACAAAAAAUUCCAGAACUUCAUCAAACUGCGGAACAGUAAUCUUUUGGCCCGGCGUCGAGGAAUCCCAGAAUGCAUUUUGCUAGUCACUCAAAGAAUCACAAAGUACCCAGUUUUGGUAGAAAGAAUAUUACAGUAUACCAAAGAAGGAACAGAAGAACACCAAGAUUUGUGUAGAGCCCUUAACCUUAUCAAGGAUAUGAUCGUAGCAGUUGAUUUGCAAGUCAGUGAAUAUGAAAAGAAACAGAAGUUACUGGAGAUUCUCAGUAAAGUUGAGAACAAAACAUAUACCAAACUGAAAAAUGGACAUGUUUUCAGGAAACAAGAUUUGAUCAAGAAAGAGAGGACGCUUUUGUACGAAGGCUUAGUUUAUUGGAAGACAGCUACAGGACGCUUCAAAGAUAUUUUAGCUCUGCUUCUAAAUGAUGUGAUGUUGUUUUUACAAGAAAAAGAUCAGAAAUAUGUAUUUGCAGCUGUUGACCAGAAGCCUGCUGUUAUAGCUCUACAGAAACUUAUUGUCAGAGAGGUAGCCAAUGAAGAGAGAGGGAUGUUCUUGAUCAGUGCAUCCUCCACAGGACCUGAGAUGUAUGAAAUUCAUACUAGUUCCAAAGAGGAACGCAGUCAAUGGAUGAGGCAAAUUCAAGAAGCAGUAGAAAGUUGUCCGGAAGAAGAAGGCAAAAUAGGCGAUUCUGAUGAGGACCGAAAAAUAACUGAAGCCAGAGCAGCCAAAAUUCAAAAAUGUCAAGUACUCUUGAAUAAUCAAGAUCAGCAGAUCUGUAACUACUUAGAAGAGAAGCUUAAUAUCUAUGCAAAGCUUGGAAAUAUGAGUGGUUUUGAAGAAGUUCAUGCAGAACCGCAUCUACUUAUUAAACCCGACUCUGGAGAAACUCCUCAAGUGGCCUCCCUUCUGGCGGCAGCUCUCAAAGAAGCUGAAAACCUUCAUGCAACAGUAGCAUUAUUGAAAACGAAAGACGCAAACCACUCAAAAGAAGAGAGUGUUGGUGACUCAUGUUUGACAAAUCUUAGUGAAACUGAAGUCUGUGAACCUUUCACUGAUUGUACAGAACUACACAAGGUAGAGAAUGAAACUUGUAACUCUGACCUGCACGAUGAAAAUAAUGUAGCAGAAAUGGAUAUUCUAGACCAGGAAGAAAAUGCCAGCUUUUCUGCUUCUGCACAAACUGAGGUUGUGCAGACUAUCCAGAAUUUAACACGGCUCUUAUACAGCAUUCAGGCAGCCUUGACUAUCCAGGACACUCACAUUGAGAUCAAUAAGCUGCUUCUGCAGGAACAUGAAAGAUCCAGCUUGAGCCACAGCCCACGGAGCACUUUCUUUCCCGAACAAGAAAAACAGAGAAACUUAAAAGAAGAAUUCGCAAAUAUUCCUAAACUCAAGCAGCAAUUUCAGCAAGAGCAGCAACGAUGGCACCGUGAGUGUGAGCAGCAGCAACAGGCGCACGAGACAAGAGAUAGCCAGUUGCUGGAGAAGGAGAAAGAGUGCUGUAGCCAAGAAGAGUUGCUUUGCAAAAACCGUGAAGAGCUCGAUGGCCAGUUUCAAGAUUACCAACAGAACCUCGAGAGACUCCAAGAGAGUCAGAGGAUGGUGGAGAAGGAACGGGAAACUGUCAGGUUGCAGCAAAGCCUUCUACACCACUGGAAACACAACCAUCCAAGCAAUCUGCCAGCAAUCAUCUCAUCGGGAAACAACGAGAUAAUGGGACCUCUUCAUUUGGACAGUUUUUGUGGUGAGAAUUCAGCCAUCAUAAAAGAAACCCUAGUACAGAUGUCAUUAAACCACCUCAACAGAUCAAAUUCUCUAGCAUGCCAAGACUGUGGGAAUAGUGUAAAUUUAACAGAUUCAGAGUUACCAAGGAGAACUGAAAAUCAGGCCAACUUCAACAUGGAUAUUUCUUGUCAGCAAACAUUCACUGCUGAUCUGUCAAAAUCAACAGGAUCCCGGCAUCAUCCUUCUUCCAACGCAAAUCAAUCCGAUGCUUGUAACAAUCAUAUGAAUGCAUUGCAGAGCCAGUACCCAAGAUUACAAGAUUUUGAUUCAACUCAUGGCAACUUUCAGUUACUUCACCCUUCAGAUGUUCUGCUUCAUAAUUUGCCUUGUGACAUGGGACAAGAUUCAGGAAAUGGUGGCAUGGAAGAAAAGAUUGUUUAUCUCUAAUUCCUCAUUUGUAAUAUUAAUACAGUAGCACUUUGAGGUAGCUUUUCUAAUUGUAGUUAUUCUGUAUUCAAAUUGCUUUGCCAGUAUAUUAUUUAUUUCAAAAUACAAAUUUUCCCUAUCCAUAGGAUACAAAUUAAGUUAUUUUUUAAAAUGUACCUGUAAUAUUUAAAUUGUGACAUUUGAAACAUUGAUGAGAUCUAAAACUACUCCUGGUGUAUAUAUGUAUAUAUACAUAUGUAUUUGUAUGUCUGAAGUAAGAUUAUCAACAUUGGUCUAGGUUAAGUGGAAAGAUUUGUUUGCUUUAGAUUAUGUACACUAUAAUUUGAGCAGCUAAAAUUUAAGAAUGCAACUUCAAUUACAAAAAAAAAAGCACCAAGUGAUAACAAAUGAUGUAAUGGAAAAACAGAAAUCAGAACCUUGGUCUGUUGCUGUUGUACUUUCUGAAUGUACCAUGAUGGAUUUACUACCGACUUUUAUGAGCAUCAGUCCAAUCAUUACCUCAGGUUGCUUCCCUUCAGAUUCAUUGAACUUCAGUUCAUGUAAUCAACAAGCAUCAGAUUGAAGAAGGCAUUGUUCUCAGUUACUUUCCAAGUUAUAUGAUCAUAGCAUGUGUUUCAUAUUAGUUUCAUAACAUGUACAUAGACAUGAUUGUUUCCUGAAAGCCUAGAAAACUUUGUGCUGAUAACCUAGUUUAAUUCAGGUCACAUGCCAUAGGUGGGGAAUCCCACCUAUGCUCUUGAAAUAAGACGUCUUUUGAAUCACAAUAUCUUUUCAAUUGAAUACCACAAUAGGACCUCUGCCACAUUAUAGUUAUUUUUAUCUUGUUCAGUUAUGAACCUUUUGAUCUAUAGUCUAAUGUGGUCCUAAUAUUAUAUCUUAACAGCGAAGAGUUUUAGUAAAUAAUUAAUGGCCAUGUAUUUGUCACUACAAGCUACAUUUGUUUACUGUAUCAUUCCUUAGUAGAUAUUUUUGUCAUUUUCAUCAACCAUGUACAACAUCUUUUGCUUUCCAGGGAUCAGUUUUAUAUAUUGCCUUAGAAUUUGUCCUUACCUAUUCAGAGUGGCCUUUCAUAUCAAAAGUAGCAAAAUGCAUGACAUUUCUGAUAGAAGACUAGGAAGUGGAAUAAGAGCAAAAUGCUGGAUUUUUCCUAUUUAAACAAUAAACCAGGAUCCACUGAUUAUUUUUACAUGCAUGGACUGUGAAUAAGUAUGUAUCUUUCAGAAUGUAGAGCUUUGGUGCACUAUAAUAAAUAAGGAUCUUUUCUGUA